AUGGCGCCACACCGCAAAGCCCGCGCGAACCAGCCCCAGCCGCCGCCACAGCCGUCAGACUACGAGACAGACGCGCCGCCUGCCGUCGACGUGCCCCUCCCACCUCCGCGGUCCAACGAAGAGCUCAACUUCUCCGUCCUCCGUCGCCAGUACGCCCAUCUGCUAUCCAUCGAGCAUGUCACCCCGUAUGCCGCCCUGUAUACCUUCAACCUCGAAACGCAAUCAUGGGAGAAGAUGGGCAUUGAGGGCACGCUCUUCAUCUGCCAGCUCACCCCCUCACCCAUCGGCGCUGAGCGAUACUGCGCCAUCAUUCUCAACCGCCGCGGCCUAGACAACUUCUACCAGGAGCUCACCAGCAGCGAAGAGAUGGAGAUAUCAGACCCUUAUGUCAUUAUCCAGGGCGAGCACGUCUACGGCAUCUGGAUCUUCGCCGACCCGCCGCCUGCCUCCACCGCAAACUGCCGUGUCGAGACUGCCGCAAAGAUGAUGGAUAUUGCCGACAAGGCAAGAGCGAGUCGCGAAGCCCUUGAGCCCACUGCCAAGGCGACCGAAGCCGCCGAAGCCGCGUCCUCUGUCCCCAUGGGUCGCCAACUGUCGCUGCGAGAACUCUUCGGUCAACAGCGCGAGCAAGACGCCGGCUUCAGCAUCCACAACCACAACACCCACCCUAUGCCCAGCAUGCAUCAGCAGCAGCAAGGAUACAUACCGAGUCCUGGCCCAGCGCAAAACGAUGUGCUAGGUCAGCUCUUCAUGAAGGCAAAACAGAAUCACAACGGCCUGGGCUGA